AUGGGAACUUUAUUAAUGAAGCUCCAGCUUCAAGUUCUGUUCAUCGCAGUUUGCCUAUUUUGUUCCUCUUCCUGUCUCAAGAUCGGAGAGACUUGUUCCAAAGACAGCGAUUGCGACGGCGGGUUAAGCUGCCAAACAUGCGCUGCAAAUGGAAACACCCGACCCAGAUGUACCCGGAUUCAACCCACAAGUCCCACAUCGAAGGUGAAAGGUCUGCCAUUUAAUCGGUAUUCAUGGCUAACCACCCACAACUCAUUCGCUCAAGCUGGGGUGAGGUCAGCCACUGGGUCCUUGCUUGUUACUCCGAUGAACCAGAAUGACACCGUAGCCUCUCAACUCAAAAAUGGAGUUCGAGGGCUUAUGCUGGAUAUGUAUGACUUCAACAACGACAUCUGGUUAUGUCACUCAACUGGUGGCAAAUGUUACAACUUAACAGCAUUUCAACCUGCUAUUAAUGUGCUGAAAGAUAUUCAAGCGUUUUUGGAAGCAAACCCCUCGGAGAUUGUCACCAUUUUUAUUGAAGAUUAUGUAGAAUCUCCACAGGGCUUGACAAAGGUCUUUCAGGCAGCUGGGCUUAAAAAGUAUUGGUUCCCGGUUGAUCAGAUGCCAAAGAAUGGGGAAGAUUGGCCAACCGUAGAUGAUAUGGUUAAGAACAAUCUGAGGCUGGUGGUCUUCACCUCUAAGUCAGCUAAGGAGGCUUCAGAGGGAAUUGCUUAUGAGUGGAAAUACGUGGUAGAAAAUGAAUAUGGAGAUGGCGGGAUGACACCUGGUUCAUGUCCGAAUCGUGCUGAAUCAUCUCCCAUGAACACAAAAUCUAGAUCACUAGUUCUCGUGAACUUUUUUCGCGGUUUCCCCAACGCAUCAGCGUCUUGCAUGGACAAUUCAGCUUCCUUACUGAGCGCGUCAAAAGGUUGUUAUGAAGCAGCAGGGAAACGGUGGCCAAAUUUCAUUGCUGUUGAUUAUUAUGAGAAAAGUGAUGGUGGGGGAGCCCCAGAAGCAGUGGAUGAAGCAAAUGGCCAUCUCACAUGUGGGUGUGACAGAAUUACAUAUUGCAAGGGAAAUGGUAGUAAUGCUACAUUUGGUCAAUGCGAUGUCCCAACACUUGCUCCGCCACCACCUGCGGCCGCCGCCACCACCACCACUCCUCAAUCUCAAUCUCCCAGUAACUUUGCUUCUCAGGAUACAUCAGUCCAGUUGCUGUGGCUGUGUGGAACAAUUUUGGCUACGACUCUCUCAAUUUGGAUAUGA